AUGGCCGAUGUCCGAUCGCUACUCCGCAGUGAAUUAGCAUCCCGCAAGGGCACGUCUCAACCAAACACGACAGGAAACCGGGUCACCAAAAAGCGCAAGGUUGACAGUGGAGAUGGAGUGAUGCGAAAGAAGAUCCGUGCUGCAGAACUAGACACAUUUCGGUCUAUCUCUGGCGCAACAAGCACUGAGCAAACAGCAGGAGAUGAAGGUUUGGAGCAAGUCGAGGAUGAUGUCGCCGGCCCAGAACCUCCACUCGACAACGAACAAGAGAUUGUUGAGCCAGCUACAGACCUUGCAGAAGAACAAACUACGCAGCCGCCUGAAGAUCCAUCCACGCCUAUUGACGAAGACGCAUGGGCAGCAUUUGAACGCGAGGUCGCCGCACAGUCUGAUGAGCCCCAUGCACCAGCUGCUGUUAUGGCUGAGGCUACGAUAUCUGCAGCACCUGUGACAGCUGCAGAAAUUGCUGCGCAAAAAGAGAGAGCGAAGACAUCGACAGUCCGCUCUCGUGAGGCAGAGAUGGAAGGGGAGCGAGAGGAUGCCGCACGGCUUUUGGAGGAAGAGUUUGACGAGAUGGAUCAGUUGGAGGAGAGGGUGCGAAGGCUGAAACAAAAACGAGAGGAACUGCGGAAAGCCCGCGCCGAAGACCAGACACAGCAUGAGCCGAUGGGAUCCGGCGCAGUGGAGCAGGUUGAGAGCGAGAGUGAAGAUGAUGACGAGGAUUGGGAUGAUUGGAGAUUUAAAUGA